AUGUUGGAAGAAAAAAAAAAAAACAGCCAAAGCGGUGAACUAAGAAAAUCUUUCGCCACUAUCAUUUUACUUUAUUCAAGAAACUAUACCAAUCCAAACAUCAUGUCAAGUUCAGCAGGAUUCGAUAGACAUAUCACUAUUUUUUCACCAGAAGGUAGAUUGUAUCAAGUAGAAUAUGCAUUUAAAGCAAUCAAUUCCGCAAACAUCACUAGUUUAGGUAUUACAGGUGAAGAUUCAGCAGUUAUCAUAUCCCAAAAGAAAAUCCCAGAUAAAUUGUUGGAUCCAAAAACAGUAUCAUAUAUUUUCAAAAUUACUCCAAGUAUAGGUAUGGUGGCAACUGGUUCAAUUGCUGAUGCUAGAGCACAAGCAAUGAGAGCUAGAUCUGAAGCUAGUGAAUUUAGAUAUAAAUAUGGAUAUGAAAUGCCAGUGGAAAGUUUAAGUAGAAGAAUGGCUAAUUUAUCUCAAUUAUAUACACAAAGAGCUUAUAUGAGACCAUUGGGUGUUGCAUUGACUUUUAUUCAAGUUGAUUUUGAAGAUGAAGGAAGAGGUCCUCAAGUUUUUAAAUGUGAUCCAGCAGGUUAUUUUACUGGUGUUAAAGCCGUAGCAACUGGUCCAAAACAACAAGAAGCAACUACUUAUUUGGAAAAGAAAUUCAAAAAAAUCGAUGCUGUGAAAGGUGAUUGGAAAGCAACUGUUGAAUUUGCUAUCAUUGCAUUAAGUUCGGUCGUUGGUACUGAAUUCAGAAAGAAUGAUAUUGAAAUUGGUGUUGCUACAGAAGGUGAGUUUAGAAUAUUGAGUCCAGAAGAAAUAGAUGAACGAUUGAUUUCAAUUGCUGAGCAAGACUAG